AACACUGUUAUAUUAGAGAUAAUAUUUAUUGAAAAAAAUAUGUACGAUUUUAAUCAUUAAAGUAAAAAACUGUCACGUACAUACAAGCUAUUCAUUAUGAACAUUGAAAUUAGUAAUGAAUGUCGCUGCCGAAUCUGGAAUCGAUAAAACUACCUCUGUUUCAUUGGGCUGAUUUUCUGGAACUGUAGUUGUUCGUAUUUGUGGCGAGUAGGGAUUGCCUUGGGAACUGUUGAGUAGAUGGUUAGUUUGAAAUGAUUGAGAAAGAUACUCUGAAUUUUGACUGGUGGGAAAUGGAAAACAGGGUGGGCUAGGACUUCCGGAAGAAACAAAACUUACAGGGUUAUAUGCCCUAUUGGAAUUAGGACUGAUAUGCAUGUUGUCGAUAUUGCUGAGCAGGAACAUAGCUUCGUUGAUUUUGUUUCAAAAUAUCUCUCAUGUUAAUAUAGGCGUGCUCGGGAGUGAGGUUUCCUAUUUCUGCUUCAAAAAGUAAAUCAUUAAUAAGUUUUUCUGCGACUAUUAAUUGUUUCGCAUCUAAAGCUUUCAAUUUCAUCGCCACGUUUUUUAAUAAUAUCGCACCUAUCUUCUGUUACAAUUGGGCGAGGGCGCUUAAAGUGAUCUCGUACCGAUUCCAACACUUCAUUUGCUAAGCUUUCAUCUUUUCUUUUUGUUUUACAAGGUUUUGGUGGGCGAGAUGAAUUAUUAUUUGACGAUGUUGAUCGAACCUCGUUGUCGGUAGAAUAUUCUUCAGCGGCAUUUAAAGAGUCUUCGGUGUUGUCUUUCUAAAAACAAAAAAAAUUGAUACAUUUUUGUGUGCAUACGCUAUAGAUAUUUCACAUCAAUAAUAACUAGUUUUGCAAGUAUUUAUGAUAAAAACCUAUUAUUUAGGUGUUCGAGCCUAUGCUUGAACCACAUAAUGAGAGUGUACCCUUUCUAUAUUCACUGCCAUACCUACCUAUAUACGUAUAAAUAUAGCGUGCGAAGAGCACAUCCUAUCGUUGCUUAUACGUCUGUCUCUUUCUAGCGUCUUAUUAGCGGCGCCAGGCGGCUUCUUGCUUCAGUACGCUUUCUAUAUUCAGACAGUAAACACGUGCCUCGAAACUAUAAUAAAUUACGAAGCACCAUUCUACCAUAUAUCCUCCGUAAGUACCUUUACCAAUUCCGUUCGGGCCUUGCUCCCAACGAUGCUAAUAAUUCCGUUCGGGCCUUGUUCCCAACGACGCUUCCGCUCUGCGCCCUUGGCCAGCGACGACUAAAUUCAGACGCCAUUUUGUGCGCAUAACGAAAAAGGUAGCCUCGCCUCGAGGCGACUGCCGUUUCAAAAACAGCAUUAAGCAAAAUACGACCCACAUAUGAAUCAUGUCGUCUCCAGUUGAAUCGAGUCGAAACGACAGUCGUCCGAAGUUGAAACGACAGUCGUAUAAAUUUAAAUGGACAGACGAAACGACAGUCGUCUCAAUCGAAACGACAGUCGACACAAAUUGAAACGGCAGUCGUCUCGAAUGGAACAACGGUCGAAUCGAAUAUCGAACAAAUAAAUGUCGUAUUAGCGAGGCGUCAUGUCCCUUUAGUGGAGAGCAAUGUCCGCGCGCUUUGAGGCCUUGCCAUCUAACCCAAUACGUACCUAUUUGAGGUCCAACCUUCUCAUACUGGGUUUUCUCGCUUUCAGGUUAUGACGGAAUUAAAAUCCAUGGGCGAGUUGGCAUCAACUCCACCAGACGAUGAGAAGGAAGCUUUCUACGCUGUCAUAGCCUCAAUCGAUGCUCACUACCCUUCUAACUGGCGUGAUUGGCUCAUCCACGACUACUCAUUUGAUACCUUAUUUGGUGGAAAUCAUAUCCCCACUGCUGUGGACAUGAAAAUAAGAUUCGCAAUCCCCACAACGGACUUAGCUCGGGCGUUUUAUCCAUCGGCGACGACGCUAUCAGAGCGAGCUUACAGAGCUAUAAGGCACAAGAUCCUAGAAUGGCCUUUGGGAAGGACACUGCUCUACGCUCCUCACAGCAUAGUAGAGAAGAUACACGCUCCAUCUUAUGAGGCGUUCUUGAAUACAGUACGAGAACUAAAACCCAAGCUAGUCAAGAGACCCCAGGCAUCUUUAGAGCUGGCGGAAAAUGCUCCUCGAAUUAAUCUAAAGCCUACAGGGAGGAAGAGAUCCUGUGAGACCCCGCCUACAGCUAGUGGAUGCCAUAGUAAGCGGGUGGCCAUGUCAAGCUCAUCGGACAUUCAAGAAGCACCUACGCAGGGUAGCAAUGACCACUUACUAGCCGCCGUACUUAGUCAACAAACUGAAAUGUUCAACAAAAUGAUGUUAAUGUUCAACCAGCAUCAAUCGGGCAACAGCGGUAAGUCAGCACCGGACCUCGACCAAUCCUUCGAGUCUUUGCCGGAUAGCACCGAAUCAAGAGAGGAAAUAGAAGACGCCAGUAGUACUACGUCAACCCGCAGCCCAGACGCCAGAGAAGAGGAGCUUCGCGCAAAAAUCGCGAAUGCCCAAAGAGAGCUUGCCGCCCUUCAGGGCAAGGAUUGUGAAGGUGUUUGACUUUGCUCCCACUACAACAGAAAAAGCUCCAAAAAUAGCCAAAGCUGAUCCGAAGGCGGUGAAAUAUGGGCUAGAUUGCCAAAAGCUAGGUCAAAGUGGGUGGAGCAAUGUUCGCUAUGCAGAGUUGCAACAGCAAUUCCAGGCUACUCCUGUUUUUAGCGCUCUAAAAGUAAACAACGUGCUAGCUACCGUCACGCCAAAUUGGAAAUCAACAGAGAUUCUAGAAAGGUUUGACAUGACACUUGGGGCCAUCUCCCAUGGGCUGAUAAAACAAAGGAUGAUAUUUCAGAACCUUCUGGACAGCCUUCCGAAGGAGAUGAAGGAGAGAGUCGGCAACGACUUCGUCUUAGCUGACUCGGACUUCCGGAGAACGUCCGACGCGUUGAUCCAAUAUACGUGUGGACGUCGUGCUGAAGUUUUUAAAAAUAGAAGAGAUGCUUAUAAGCCACGCAAUGCCACAUUUAGGGGAAUCCUACACGAUAUUCCUCCAUCGGAAACUCAGUUGUUUGAUGAGAAGGCGCUCUCAGAAGCUAUCAAGGAACAAGGGGGAGUAGACAAAUUCUUCCAAAAGAAAACCAAGGCGCCAAGGGCCUCCUCUGGUACAUGGGAUGCCAGGAAGCAUCUUGGAUACCAGCCAUCUCAACGUCCAUAUACAGAAUCUCGGAAUAGAAAGGACAAGCCCUUUCGUCCCGCAAGAGGCCAACAGAAGGGCAGAAACGACCGACCCCGAAGAUUUCCCGCAGACUCCAAUGGUCAAGCAGGGAAAAAAUGGGGAGGGGGACGAAAGUGACUCGUUUGUAGCGGGCCGUCUGAGAAGGUAUUCAGCAAAUUGGCUAAAUGCACCAGAAGCCUUACAAAAAAUCUUAAGAGGCUACAGAAUACCUUUCAAACGUGUACCCCCCGCUAUAAAAUUUUCGAAAAUAAUCUCCAAAAAGUUUCAGACAAAGCCUUCUCCAGAAAUGUCACUAGAAAUAAGAAAACUAAUAAAAUCAGGCGCCCUACAAAACAGCCACGAGAAAUCAGGAUUCCUGUCAACUUUAUUUCUCAAGAGAAAGGCGAAUGGGGAAAAUCGGCCGAUCCUGAACCUGAGAAGAUUAAACGAGUUCGUAGCCUCUCCAAGGUUUCGCUUGAUAAACCACUUCGGUAUUCCAUCCCAUAUUCAGCGAGGCGACUACAUGAUGAAACUCGACAUCUCACAGUCAUACUUUCACGUUCCGGUGAGUCAAAGUCAUCGACGCUACCUGUCAGUGGCCUAUCAAGGAGCUAUUUACGAGAUGACAUGCCUUCCCUUCGGGCUAGCCAGUGCUCCAUCAGCCUUUGCAAAAAUCACCAACUGGGUGGCACAGCAGCUACGAGAGAAGGGCCUGCGUGUCCUAGUUUACUUGGACGAUUUCCUUUUCAUUCAUGCAGACCACUGGAACAUCAAGUGAGUUUUGCCAAGGAGUUCUUGAAAACCCUGGGAUGGCAUGUAAAUCUAAAGAAGUCCUCAUCGACAGCCUCAACAGAGAUAGAAUAUCUUGGAAUAACCUGGAACACAAAGGAAAACUCGAAGCGCCUGUCAGAGACGAAGGUUAUGCACCUGAAGCAAUGCAUUUCGAAGAUUCUGAAGAAAAAUCUGUGGAGCUGGCACGACUCAAAGGUCAUACUGGGCAAGCUAAACUUCGCCGCCUUUGCGGUCCCUAUGGGACGCCUUCAUUGCAGGCCCUUACAAAGAACUUCCAGAGUGCUCCCCCAGAAAUCGCCACAUUGCAAUUUUCCGCUGCCGAAAAUAGCAAAGGUGGAACUGAUAUGGUGGUUGACCAAUGUACACAGAGGAUCACCGAUCCUCUUGAGCGACGCCUCGAUGUUUGUGACCACAGAUGCAGCAGACGUAGGCUGGGGUGCAACUGUGAAUGGCCGGCAACUGCGCGGCAGAUGGACCACAAAACAGAAGAAGUGGCACAGCAAUCUGUAGGAAUUGUGGGCAGUAUACGAAGUUCUUCAACGUUUGGGACCAGAGCUACGCGGGAAAACAAUAAUGUUACAGUCGGACAAUCAAACAACGGUGGCAUACCUCAACAAACAGGGCGGUACAAAAUCAAAGCUGCUGCUCAUGACAGCCACCAAAAUUCUUCAGCUAUGCGAAAAGAUGCGGUGCCAUGUAAUUGCCAGGCACAUACCGGGAUUGUGCAAUGGAAUAGCAGACGGUUUAUCGAGGGAAAAGAGUCUCCCGGAAUGGCAUCUCAGCAAACAAGUGUUAAAAUGGAUUUUCAACAAGUUUGGAACUCCAGAGAUCGAUCUGUUCGCGUCGCAGAGAUCAGCGGUUGUACCGAGGUAUGUAAGCGAGAAUACUACAGACACGAAGAGCCAGUUCACCGACGCGUUCAGCAGGAAAUGGCAUUACAGACUCGGUUGGAUCUUCCCACCGCCAGCACUGAUACCGAGAGUGCUACGUCACUUACAGUCGUCAAAGGGCCUCUACAUUCUGGUCGCCCCCAUUUUGGAACGGGCUUUCUGGGUCCCAGAACUCAACAAAAUAACGGUGAGACCGCCUCUCCAGAUCCCAGAUCUUCACAAGAACAUGGUGGACCUACGAACGAAUCUGCCACCCCCGGGAGUAAACGAUUUGAAAUUAGGGGUCUGGCUAGUUCGGGCUGGGCAAGUCAAUGCAAAAGCUGGUCGGAAGACGAUCUGAGAGUACUUGAGUCAUCAUGGCGGAAAUCGACCCUAAAAACCUAUACGCCAGCCUGGAAAAGAUGGCAUGCUUGGGCAACUAGCAAUCAUGUUCCAACCAAUGAUCCUUCAGCUGAAAAUUUGGCUAAGUACCUAUUGCACCUGCGCAAAGACAUAAAAAUGGCGCCUAAGACCAUAGCUUUACAUAAAUCAGUAGUAGCAAAGUUUGCCAAUCCUCUUAAAUGCCAAGAACUUAGUUCACAUGUACUAGUCAAACAGGUUCUCAGAGGAAUAUUUAACAGUGAUCCCCCGGUCAAAAGAUCGCUGUCCUGGAAAAUCGAAGACCUUUUAGCAUUUCUAAAAACAUACCCGCUAGACGAAGAUAAUCUGUUCGCAUUAUCUAGACAUGUCGCUGUCUUACUACUACUAGCGUCGGGCAGAAGAGUCCAUGACCUAACUCUUCUGUCAAUAAAGGAUGGAAUGUUCGAAGACAACGUGAUUGAGAUGGUUUUCUGGCCCAAAUUUGGUUCCAAGACCGACUCAUGCUCAUAUAGGCAGUCUGGCUGGAAGCUACAUAAAGGGCUGGAUACAGAACCACGAUUGGAUCUAAUGAACUUUAUCCGGAAAAUAAUAUCUAUCUCAAAACAUCGUCGUGAUGCUAGAAAUCCAGAUGGCUUGUUCAUCACUACAAGGGGAUCGGUAAGGAACGCGUCUCGAACAGUUAUCGCUGGGUGGAUAAAAACCCUAUUUAAAGAGGCCGGCAUCUCAGCAUCAGCAGGAAGUUUCAGAGCUGCAGUUGCAACUCACAAUUGGACCAGUAACCGAUAUAGUAUAGAAGAAAUCCCUCAAAGAGGAAACUGGAGAUCUCAAAAUACCUUCUUUCGACACUACUUCAAGGAGAUAAAAGCAUUGCCCGGGAGUAAUGCAAAUACACUUAUACAUUGUUUUUCAUCAAUUUAAUUUAAGUUGAAAGGCUGAUUACAUAAGAAGAAUUAUAAUUAUUUUUGUUAAACUGUUAUUUCCAGAGUGGAUACACUUUUAUGUUUUCAUAGAAUUCAGUAAGAAUAUGUUAAGUUUAGGGGAGUUGUAUGGCGUUUAUAAUUACUACCUCUGAAAUUAAAUCUCAUCAUUAUGUCAA